AUACUUUUAGACUUUAAUAAGCAGUAUGGUUUUGAUACUUUGCAGCUUUGUGAGCGAGCCAGAGAACGGAAGGUACCAGCUACACGGAUUAGUCGACUAGCUAAUUUUGGAGGAUUAGCUGUUGGACUUGGCAUUGGUGCCAUUGCUGAGGUGGCGAAACAGUCUUUUGGAGGAAAACGCUCAGAUAUGGGGGCUCUUUUAGACUCUCCGUUCCUGUCAGAGGCCAAUGCAGAGAGAAUAGUGAACACGCUGUGUAAAGUUAGAGGAGCGGCCCUCAAGAUUGGACAGAUGCUAAGCAUUCAGGAUAAUGCCUUCAUUAACCCACAACUGCAGAAAAUAUUUGAGAGGGUUCGACAGAGUGCAGACUUCAUGCCAGCCUGGCAAAUGCAUAAAGUGCUUGAGGAGGAUUUAGGGUCUGGAUGGAAGGAGAAACUCUCAUCAUUUGAGGAAAAACCCUUUGCUGCUGCCUCCAUUGGUCAAGUGCAUCAUGGAGUUUUGCCUGAUGGGAGGGAAAUUGCUAUGAAGAUACAGUACCCUGGUGUCGCUGAGAGCAUUCGUAGUGACAUCAACAAUCUCAUGUCUGUUCUGAAGAUGAGUCUUGUGCUGCCUGAUGGUCUAUUUGCUGACAGUAGUCUUGAGGUACUUCAGAGGGAGCUGGCAUGGGAGUGUGACUACAAGAGAGAGGCGGAGUGUGCAAAGCGAUUCAGGAAUUUGCUUAAAGGUGAUCCAGUAUUUGUUGUCCCUGAGGUUUUUGAUGAGUUGUCGGGUCGUCGUGUGAUCACCAUGGAACUAGUUCAUGGAGUUCCACUGGACCGCUGUGUUGAUUUGAAUCAAGAGACUAGAAAUGAGAUCUGUUUCAACACCCUGCAGUUGUGUUUGAGAGAGCUGUUUGAGUUCCGCUUCAUGCAGACAGACCCCAACUGGUCCAACUUCUUCUAUAAUAGUGAACAGAACAAGAUAUUUCUGUUGGACUUUGGAGCCUGCCGAGAUUACCCAGAGUCGUUCACAGAUGACUACAUAGAGGUGGUUCAUGCAGCGUCAGUCGGAGACAGGGCUACUGUUCUGCAGAAAUCGAAAGUUCUAAAGUUCCUUACUGGUUUUGAAGCCAAGGCCUUCGAGGAUGCACAUGUAGAGGCAGUUAUGAUCCUCGGUGAAGCAUUUGCUUCUACUGAAGCGUUUGACUUUGGCACUCAGAGUACCACACAGCGCAUCCAGAGCCUGAUCCCAGUCAUGCUUCAACACCGUCUCACUCCUCCUCCAGAAGAGUCUUACUCUCUGCACCGCAAAAUGGCUGGCUCAUUCCUCAUCUGUUCCAAGCUGAAGGCCCGCAUUCCCUGCCGAAAUAUGUUCCUUGAUAUUUACAAUGCCUACCAUGGUAAGCGACAGGACAGAUGCACCCAGGUUUAGACUUCACAGGAAGACGCGUAGAGUUUGGAUGGUGUAAAGUACCAUGGGAAAGUGCACUACAACCAAGGGCGAUGUUUUCUUGUAUGUAUCAUGAAAGUGAAUGCAUUGUGUGUUUUAUAUUUGGCAAUCACUCAUGAACCUGGAGAUGUUAGAUGUUAAGCCUCUGACAGACACAUGCUUAUUUAUAAAUGUGGAGAGUUCAGAUGUUCCAUAAUAUAAUUCUAUGUAUGUCCAACAUUUGUUUAUACUUUUUUUUUUUUUUCAUUUUUA